UGCCAGCACGGCGUUUCUACGCGCCGCGCGCGCAGGCCAAAUCGAGAAGAUCAUCAGUCUCCUCGAACAAGGAGUCGACAUCAACGUUAGCAAUGCUAAUGGUUUAAACGCAAUACACCUGGCCUCGAAAGAUGGCCACGUGGAAGUGGUCCGGGAGCUCCUGGACCGAGGGGCAGCCAUUGAUGCCGCCACCAAGAAGGGCAACACUGCCCUCCACAUUGCCUCGUUAGCUGGACAGGAGGCCGUUGUCAAACUGCUCGUGCAGAAUGGCGCUCAGGUCAACAUCCAGUCCCAGAAUGGAUUCACGCCUCUGUACAUGGCUGCGCAGGAGAACCACGAUGCCGUGGUCAAGUUCCUGCUCGCCAACGGAGCCAACCAGAGCCUCGCCACUGAGGAUGGCUUCACUCCACUCGCGGUGGCGAUGCAACAAGGCCAUGAGAAGGUGGUGGCGGUGCUGCUAGAAGCAGACACGCGAGGGCGCGUGCGUCUGCCCGCGCUGCAUAUCGCUGCCAAGAAAGAUGACGUCAAGGCGGCUAACCUUCUUCUAGAGAACGAACACAACCCAGACGUGACCUCAAAGUCGGGGUUCACCCCUCUGCACAUCGCGGCGCACUACGGCAACGAGUCCGUGGCUCGGCUGUUGCUAGCCAAGGGUGCUGAUGUUAACUGCGCAGCCAAGCACAACAUAUGCCCUCUCCAUGUUGCUGCCAAGUGGGGCAAAGACAACAUGGUGGCCCUUCUCGGCGACAACGGCGCUAACGUCGAAGCGCGCACCAGGGAUGGACUGACCCCCCUGCACUGCGCAGCCAGGUCAGGCCACGAGAGAGUGGUGGAGGCUUUGCUGGACAGGGGAGCACCUAUCACUAGCAAGAGCAAGAAUGGUCUAGCUCCCCUCCACAUGGCAGCCCAGGGCGAUCACGCCGAAGCAGCCAGGGUGCUUCUGUCCCGGCGAGCACCCGUCGAUGACGUCACUGUGGAUUACCUGACGGCGCUCCAUGUGGCAGCCCACUGCGGGCAUGCUAAAGUCGCCAAGCUACUUUUAGAUCGCAAUGCUGAUGCAAACGCACGCGCUUUGAACGGAUUUACUCCUCUACACAUCGCUUGCAAGAAGAAUCGAAUCAAAGUCGUGGAACUACUACUGAAGUAUGGAGCCAGUAUCCAAGCAACAACCGAGUCAGGGCUGACCCCUCUCCACGUGGCAGCGUUCAUGGGCUGCAUGAACAUCGUGAUCUACCUGCUGCAGCAUGAGGCCAACCCUGACGUGCCCACCGUCAGGGGGGAGACACCUCUGCAUCUGGCGGCCAGGGCUAAUCAGACGGACAUAAUCCGCAUCCUUCUCCGCAACGGGGCAGCAGUUGAAGCCAAAGCUCGCGAGCGUCAGACACCGUUGCACAUCGCGUCACGACUCGGCAACGUCGAUAUUGCCGUGUUAUUGCUCCAACAUGGCGCCGACGUGAGGGCAAUGACGGCGGAUCAUUACAACGCGCUGCACAUCGCUGCUAAACAACAUAAUCAUGACGUCGCUGCAGCACUGAUCGAGCACAAUGCUCCUCUGACUGCAACUACCAAGAAAGGAUUCACAGCUCUACAUCUUGCUGCUAAAUACGGGAAUUUGAAGGUAGCAAAUCUCCUGCUGGCGCACGGGGCUUCCCCCGAUCAAGCGGGGAAGAACGGCAUGACUCCACUGCACGUGGCUGCUCAGUACGACCAGCAGGCUGUCGCCACCACUCUGUUGGAGAAGGGUGCUGACGCUAAGGCCGUAGCCAAGAAUGGCCACACGCCCCUCCACAUCGCCGCUCGUAAGAACCAGAUGGAGACGGCAGCCACCUUGCUGGAGUAUGGUGCUCUGACCAACGCGGAGUCCAAGGCUGGGUUCACGCCUCUUCAUUUAGCAGCCCAACAGGGCCACACAGAAAUGUGCUCGCUACUGCUAGAGCAUGAAGCACAGGUAGACCAGCAGGCUAAGAACGGGCUUGCCGCUCUGCACUUAGCUGCUCAGGAAGACAGGGUGCCGGUCGCUCAGCUGAUGGUCAAGAAUGGAGCAGAGGUGGACAUCUGCACCAAGGGGGGCUACACACCGUUGCAUAUUGCCAGCCACUACGGGCAGGCUAACAUGGUGCGGUUCUUACUAGAAAAUGGUGCUUCAGUCAAGGCUCAGACUACACAUGGGUACACUGCGCUGCAUCACGCUGCCCAGCAGGGUCACAUCAACAUUGUCAACAUUCUGCUCGAGCAUAAGGCAGACGCAAAUGCUACGACUACGAACGGCCAGACGCCUCUAGACAUAGCGUCCAAGCUAGGCUACGUGACAGUCAUGGAGACCCUCAAGGAGGUGUCCGAACCCUCCACAGCCCAGGCCUCCCAGGAGAAGUACAAGGUGGUGGCCCCGGAGACCAUGCUGGAAACCUUCAUGUCGGACUCUGAAGAAGAAGGUGGAGAAGACACCAUCCUCAACGACCAGCCAUACCGCUACCUAACUGCGGACGACAUGAAGUCUUUGGGAGACGACUCUCUGCCCAUCGACGUCACUAAGGACGAGAGAACUGAAUCGGCCAUGAGCCAUAAGAACAUCAUGGAGAUGUCUCAAGGGUCCGUGAACGGGAUGCCGUACCAGCCGCAGCAGGAGGUGGUGGUGAAGAGCAUCAGCCGGUACAGCACUGCGCAGGCGCCCGAAGGCUACUGCUACAACGUGGAUCCAACGCAGCCCAAGAAAAAGCUGCAAUGGAAGAAUUCUGUCUCCUUCGAAACUACGAGCAAAGACAACAUGGUGGCCCUUCUCGGCGACAACGGCGCUAACGUCGAAGCGCGCACCAGGGAUGGACUGACCCCCCUGCAUUGUGCGGCCAGGUCAGGCCACGAGAGAGUGGUGGAGGCUUUGCUGGACAGGGGAGCACCUAUCACUAGCAAGAGCAAGAAUGGUCUAGCUCCCCUCCACAUGGCAGCCCAAGGCGACCACGCUGAAGCAGCCCGAGUGCUUCUGUCCCGGCGAGCUCCAGUCGAUGACGUCACUGUGGAUUACCUGACGGCGCUCCAUGUGGCAGCCCACUGCGGGCAUGCUAAAGUCGCCAAGCUACUUUUAGAUCGGAAUGCUGAUGCAAACGCACGCGCUUUGAACGGAUUUACUCCUCUACACAUCGCUUGCAAGAAGAAUCGAAUUAAAGUCGUAGAGUUGCUACUGAAGUAUGGUGCCAGUAUCCAAGCAACAACCGAGUCAGGGCUGACCCCGCUCCACGUGGCAGCGUUCAUGGGCUGCAUGAACAUCGUGAUCUACCUGCUGCAGCAUGAGGCCAACCCUGACGUGCCCACCGUCAGGGGGGAGACACCUCUGCAUCUGGCGGCCAGGGCUAAUCAGACGGACAUAAUCCGCAUCCUUCUCCGCAACGGCGCAGCAGUGGAAGCCAAAGCCCGCGAGCGUCAGACGCCGUUGCACAUCGCGUCACGACUCGGCAACGUCGACAUCGCCGUGUUAUUGCUCCAACAUGGCGCCGACGUGAGGGCAAUGACGGCGGAUCACUACAACGCGUUGCACAUCGCUGCUAAACAACAUAAUCAUGAUGUCGCUGCAGCACUGAUCGAGCACAAUGCUCCUUUGACUGCAACUACCAAGAAAGGAUUCACAGCUCUUCAUCUUGCUGCGAAGUAUGGGAACUUGAAGGUAGCAAACCUCCUGCUGGCUCACGGGGCUUCCCCCGAUCAAGCGGGGAAGAACGGCAUGACUCCACUGCACGUGGCUGCUCAGUACGACCAGCAGGCUGUCGCCACCACUCUGUUGGAGAAGGGUGCUGAUGCUAAGGCCGUAGCCAAGAAUGGCCACACGCCCCUCCACAUCGCUGCUCGCAAGAACCAGAUGGAGACGGCAGCCACCUUGCUGGAGUAUGGAGCUCUGACCAACGCGGAGUCCAAGGCUGGGUUCACGCCUCUUCAUUUAGCAGCCCAACAGGGCCACACAGAAAUGUGCUCGCUACUGCUAGAGCAUGAAGCACAGGUAGACCAGCAGGCCAAGAACGGACUUGCAGCUCUGCAUUUAGCUGCUCAGGAAGACAGGGUGCCGGUCGCUCAGCUGAUGGUCAAGAAUGGAGCAGAGGUGGACAUCUGCACCAAGGGUGGCUACACACCGUUGCAUAUCGCCAGCCACUACGGGCAGGCUAACAUGGUGCGGUUCUUACUAGAAAAUGGUGCUUCAGUCAAGGCCCAGACUACACAUGGGUAUACCGCGCUGCAUCACGCUGCCCAGCAGGGGCACAUCAACAUUGUCAACAUUCUGCUCGAGCAUAAGGCGGACGCAAAUGCUACGACUACGAACGGCCAGACGCCUCUAGACAUAGCGUCCAAGCUAGGCUACGUGACAGUCAUGGAGACCCUCAAGGAGGUGUCCGAGCCCUCCACGGCCCAGGCCUCCCAGGAGAAGUACAAGGUCGUGGCUCCAGAGACCAUGCUGGAAACCUUCAUGUCGGACUCUGAAGAAGAAGGUGGAGAAGACACCAUCCUCAACGACCAGCCGUACCGCUACCUGACUGCGGACGACAUGAAGUCUUUGGGAGACGACUCUCUGCCCAUCGACGUCACUAAAGACGAGAGAACAGAAUCAGCCAUGAGCCAUAAGAAUAUCAUGGAAAUGUCUCAAGGGUCCGUGAACGGGAUGCCGUACCAGCCGCAGCAGGAGGUGGUGGUGAAGAGCAUCAGCCGGUACAGCACUGCGCAGGCGCCGGAAGGCUACUGCUACAACGUGGAUCCUACGCAGCCCAAAAAAAAGCUGCAAUGGAAGAACUUCCUGGUAUCGUUUCUGGUGGACGCCCGAGGAGGGGCGCUGCGGGGUUGCCGCGGGGGAGGGGUCAGAGUUAUCGUGCCCCCUCUUUCUGCUCAGCAGCCUACUAGGAUUACUUGCAGAUACCUCAAGCCGUCCAGGAUCAACCACAUGCCUCCCCUGAUGGAGGGAGAGGCCCUGGCAGCGAGGGUUCUGGAGAUGGGACCAGUUUCUGCUAAGUUUUUGGGGCCUGUCAUCCUCGAGGUCCCCCACUACGCAUCCCUCCGAGGGAAAGAGAGGGAGAUAGUGAUCCUCCGCUCAGACAACGGCACGAGCUGGCGCGAACACAACGCUGACGCCACUGAUGACGUCGUUCAAGACAUACUGCAUGAGACUUUGGAAAUUGAAGAAACCAACGAAGAGGAGAAAGGCUGGGACGCGCCGCGUGUGACGCGCAUCCUGACGCACGACUUCCCGCAGUACUUCGCGGUCAUAUCCCGGAUCCGGCAGGAGGUGCACGCUAUCGGGCCUGAAGGUGGCAUGGUAUCCAGUUCCGUGGUUCCCCAAGUGCAAGCGGUGUUCCCUCAGGGCGCCCUCACCAAGAAGAUCAAAGUCGGCCUCCAGGCUCAGAUAAUAGAUUCGGAGUUGACCGCAAAAUUAUUGGGACGAGGCGUAGCAGUGUCACCCGUAGUGACAGUUGAACCACGGAGAAGGAAGUUCCAUAAAGCUAUCACUCUGAGUAUGCCGGCUCCAAGACCACAUACUCAGGGCAUGACAAACCAGUACAGCACAUCUAGCCCAACCCUUAGACUUCUCUGCUCCAUAUCAGGAGGGACGAACCGCGCUCACUGGGAGGACGUGACGGAGAACACUCCUCUGACCUUCGUGAAUGACUGCGUGUCGUUUACCACGACUGUCUCGGCUCGGUAUUGGCUCAUCGACUGCCGACAUAUUGAAGACGCCACUAAAAUGGCUACAGAAUUGUACAGGGAAGCGAUCCACGUGCCAUUCAUGGCUCGGUUCGUGGUGUACGCCAAGCGGACCGACGACUGCCAGGCCCAGCUUCGCAUGUUCUGUGUCACCGACGACAAGGAGGACAAGGCCUUGGAGAGGAUCGAACGGUUCAUACAAGUCGCCAAGAGCAGGGAUGUUGAGGUCCACGAAGGCAAGCCCAUCUACCUAGAGUUUGGUGGCAACCUGGUCCCAGUGGCCAAGUCUGGAGAACAGCUGUCGAUUCCGUUCCGAGCGUUCCGGGAGAACCGCGUUGCGUUCCCUGUGAUGAUCAAGACCCAGGAUCUGGAGCCGAUCUGCCGCUGCCAGUUCAUGAGGGAUCCGAAGGUUCCUAAGGGUGAACCGUCGCCGGCUCCGAUCGCCGUCCUGAACAUAAUGGUUCCUGACGACACAUCAGUGGAGCGAACGAGCCCUCAGCCGACCGACACGGUGCCGUUGCGCACUGAGGAACAGGAGCUGAUAUGGAGGCAACGACUCAGCGACCCGAGGGAAGCGAUCCACGUGCCAUUCAUGGCCCGGUUCGUGGUGUACGCCAAGCGCACCGACGACUGCCAGGCCCAGCUCCGCAUGUUCUGUGUCACCGACGACAAGGAGGACAAGGCUUUGGAAAGGAUCGAACGGUUCAUACAAGUCGCCAAGAGCAGGGAUGUUGAGGUCCACGAAGGCAAGCCCAUCUACCUAGAGUUUGGUGGAAACCUAGUCCCAGUGGCCAAGUCCGGAGAACAGCUGUCGAUUCCGUUCCGCGCGUUCCGGGAGAACCGCGUUGCGUUCCCUGUGAUGAUCAAGACCCAGGAUCUGGAGCCGAUCUGCCGUUGUCAGUUUAUGAGGGAUCCGAAGGUUCCUAAGGGUGAACCGUCGCCGGCACCGAUCGCCGUCCUGAACAUAAUGGUUCCUGACGAUACAUCAGUGGAGAGGACGAGCCCUCAGCCGACUGACACGGUGCCGCUGCGCACUGAGGAGCAAGAGCUGAUAUGGAGGCAACGACUCAGCGACCCGAGGUUGGAAGACAUUUGCAACCUCCUCGGCAAAGACUGGGUGGCGCUGGCGUACGAGCUGGGAGUCAGCGUGGCCACCGUCAACCAGAUCCAAGCCAAGAGGAUCACGGCUGCUGAGCAGGCGCAGCUCAUGCUGAAGCUUUGGAAGACGCAGUCUGGUACCAAGGCCCAAGACACUUCAUUGGAACUGGCCCUAUGCCGCAUUGGCAGAGAUGACAUCAUUGCACCUCAAUCGGAAGUCACAAACGAGAGGCGCAUCCAGAGGAACAUCUACCAAGAGAGACAAGCUUCUGAGGAAAUCGAGGCUUACAAAGCUGAAGAGGAUAAUAAACUCAAAGACAAAAUAUACGACGAAAACCAAAUUGCCGAGCGUCUGCACAGAGAAUCUGAGCAAGACCAUGAAGACGAAGCCAAGUAUUCUCCAGAAGAAAAGUCGAUAGUGGAUAAGAGUGAGUCUUUAGUGGACAGAACUCCCACGCCUAGUGAAGAAAGUGAGGAGGACGAAGAUGUGAAGCGUAGUGUAGCAGAAAGGAAGGAACAAAUAACAAGGAAGUUGANGGUACCAAAGCCCAAGUCGUGGGGACUGAACACUUCAUUGGAACUUGCACUAUGCCGCAUUGGCAGAGAUGACAUCAUCGCACCUCAAUCGGAAGUCACAAACGAGAGGCGCAUCCAGAGGAACAUCUACCAAGAGAGACAAGCUUCUGAGGAAAUCGAGGCUUACAAAGCUGAAGAGGAUAAUAAACUCAAAGACAAAAUAUACGACGAAAACCAAAUUGCCGAGCGUCUACACAGAGAAUCUGAGCAAGACCAUGAAGACGAAGCUAAAUAUUCUCCAGAAGAGAAGUCGAUAGUGGAUAAGAGUGAGUCUUUAGUGGACAGAACUCCCACGCCUAGUGAAGAGAGUGAGGAGGACGAAGAUGUGAAGCGAAGUGUAGCAGAAAGGAAAGAACAAAUAACAAGGAAGUUAAGCUCAAGUAAAAUACCGGCGUCAAAGCAAAAGAAAGAAAUUAGAGAAGAAAUCAUUGAAAUCAAGACUCAGAUCAAACCUGACAUUAAAAAGUUCCAUGAUAUUGAACAACAAGUGCAGGUUAAGGAAAAAGAUCCCAAAUUAGAGCGAACGCGUUCAAAAACGUCUCCAGAAACUCUUGAAGAGACCGAAGAAAUAGAAAUUCACAGAGAAGAGAUAGUUGAAGUAAAGAAAGAAGAACCAAAACCUGUGGAACGGCCAGUUGAACAAUUUAGAAAGUUUGACCCAUCGUCUCCUGCUAAACCAACCCCUAAACAUCUACAGAGGCACAUGAGAAACGAAUCUAUGCGAUUCCCCUCCGGUGAUUUCUCCAACGUUACUAUCACUCCAAGGAAAUCAGUUACGGAAACAACAGAAGUGAAACAAGUAAUAGAAAAAGUUGACACAUUUACUAAGGAUGUUAUAUCACAAAAAGAAAUCGUUAGUUCUAAAGUUGAAGAAAAACUAGACGAUGGUGAAAAGUCCCCAGAACUUGUCACUGAAGAUGACAAAGAUAUCGCAGAAGCUACGUUGCGAGAUAAGAUCAGUUCAUUCGAAUCUAAAAUACCUAAAGAACCGUCAAUUGACUUACCUAAAACUACAGUCAAGCUAACAAAAGAAGCAUUGAAAAAACACACAUUAGCACAAGAACAAGGCAAUGAAUAUACACAAGAGUUUGUAAGGGAACAAUCUAAGCAAAUCUCGAGUAUGGAAACUCAGGAGCACAUGGUUCAUAAAGUUUCAGUUGAAACUGAGAGACAAGUUGAAACUGUGAAGUCUGUAAAGGAAACCAUUCAGCACUUUGAUUCUAAAAUUAAAUACGAAGAUAAAGGUAAACCGUAUUCGAAGACAAUAAGAACGGAUUCAACUCUAGUUCAAGUGUCAUCAGAAGAAGAUAGCGAAUUUUUAAAGAAAUCAACCGACUCAGAAACUGAAACUGAGUCACAAACAACUGUAAAGGUAGAUAAAUUAGAACAAAAAAUUAAAUCAAAGUUAGACAAAGAAUCGUUCGCCUUCAAAGGCUUGAAAGACGGAUUUGAAUUGAAAUCCAAGGACCCCAAAAUUAUUCCCGAGCAAGACGAUAAAAAGUCGGACGAUGAUGAUAAGAAAGAUGAUCAUCAUGUUGCCAUCAAGUUAGAGAAGCAAAUGACAGAAGAGCUAAGAUCUAAAGUUAGCGAAGAAGAAAUUACAGAAGCUGUGGAAGAAAAAGAAGUUUCUGUUAAUGACAAAUUAAAAGAUAAGAUUGAGCCUCAACUGUCAAUAGCUAGCACAAAAUCUGACCUAAGCAAACAUACUAAGACUGAUUCCAUAAGCUCUGACGUGCAAGAUCUUAUUGGUCGUAAGAUUUCUCAAGAGUCGCCUGUGCCAUCAGGCAUAGAAAAGACCGACUCACUUGCCGAUUUACAGCAAAGCACUGAAAAAGAUUUCAGUUUUAUUUCACAAACUGAAUCUAAGGUAUAUUCCAAGGAUUCAAAGCACCGUAGUGACUCACUGGACGAAGCGUCUCAGUUCUCAGACUUAGAGGAUCAGAUCGGUUCCAGUCCAGCUCACCGGCCUGUAGACAAGGAUNACAAAGAUGUCAGUCACGUCGUAUCCAAGACUGAAGUAAAAACUAUAACUGUCGUCUCAGAUAAAACUACACAUGCUAGAGAUCAAACUCUAGAGUUCCUCAGAUACGAAAGUGAAUACAGUGCACAAAUUCAUGCACCUACUAUUGACGCGAAAGACGCAGAAAAGGUCUCACCUAAAGAGUCUCCAGUAAUAAGUGCAAAGGCUCGUCAAUUCAUUGAGACAGUUCCCGAAGACGAUUCAGUUCAGGAAUGCUUCUUCUCUAAACGCAUUUACUCGGACUCUUUAGAAGACUCAGAGCACACAGACUCAAGACGCCAUUCCGAAGCUGAGUCCCUGAAAUCAGACCAAUCAGAUGUAAAAGCUAAAGUUUCUUCGUCUGAUUUUGAUGAACGCGCUGAAUAUGAAGAAACAGUCGACUCAGGAAGUGGAUUUGGUGACGAGAAGUUCGAAGAAAGCGUCGGGUUUACCUCAAUGAGAAUCGACACUAAGACAACUGACUCUGAGAAACAAGAUUCUGAAUCUGAUAAAGAGCCCGAAGUUGUAUUCAAAAAGAUGGGACCAAAACGUCAUUCAAGGACAGAAUCUGUAUCGAUCUCAAAAAUUAGUGAUUUACAAUUAGACCUUGAACCGGCUAAACCAAAACAAGAGUUCCAAAUGUUUGUCACUGAGGCCGAAGAAGUUGAUAAAUCUGACAAAGAUGAACCUUCUGAUAAGAUUUCUUCUGAAAGUAGUCGAGAAAUUGAAAUUUCUGAACGUAAAUCAUCCGAAGGCAUUUCAGACAAGAUUAGUUCAGAAGAUGCUGUUACGGAAAAGAAGACGUCCUCUGAGGAAGACGCGUUGAAAGACGGUGAAGUGAUUCCACUAGAUGAAAAGGUGACAGUUACUAGUGUCAAGGAAAUUACCAAAGAAAUUGUGAAAACUGAUGUAAAGACAUUCAGGGAAGAUACCGUUGAGAAAGUUGAUGCCAUCAAACGUCAAUCAGUGACGUCAGCUGGAUCAGGUUCAGUUAGUGAGCUUCGCUUAGAAGAAAAGAGAUUAUCUGAUGCUCACAGCCUCACUGAGUCCAGGGAUUACACUUUUGAAGAAUCCGAAGAUGAUAUUGGUACCCAAGGUACCCAUGUGGAUAUGUCUAAAGAUAAGGUUGAUACUAAACUUGAAAGUGAGAAGAAAGCUGCUUUAGCAAAAGCAAGUGAAUCCAAAUUAGCAAGAUUAACUCAUGGAGAUUCGUUAGAUGACGUUGAAGGUUUCCCAGAGGAUCACGUCACAGAUUAUGUACAUAAACUUCCUCAUAUUGCUGAAGUCGGCCUCACUGAGUCCAGGGAUUACACUUUUGAAGAAUCGGAAGAUGAUAUUGGCACCCAAGGUACCCAUGUGGAUAUGUCUAAAGAUAAGGUUGAGACUAAACUUGAGAGUGAGAAGAAAGCUGCUUUAGCUAAAGCAAGUGAAUCCAAAUUAGCAAGAUUAACUCAUGGAGAUUCGUUAGAUGACGUUGAAGGUUUCCCAGAGGACCAUGUCACAGAUUAUGUACAUAAACUUCCUCAUAUUGCUGAAGUCGGGGCUGUGCAAGAUAGAGAUAUUACCAACGAAUUUUUGAACAGAGAAAGGGAAGAACAGUUGAAACGUGAAACGAUUCAUAUCGUCUCAUCCUCGUCAAUUGAAAGCACUCCUCUCACCAAGGAAGAGAAAGUGACAGAAACUCAUGGACCAACUGUCGUAACUAAAGUUACUAGUAUUUCGGGACCUACUGAGGAGAUAUCAAAAGUUGUAGAACAAGUAAAAUCUGAUAAAAAAGAAAUUGUUGAUAGUGCGUAUACUGUUACUGAGACGCAUGAACCAACUGUUAUCACAACAACAACAUCAAUUACCAAAGAGGUUGCAGAGCCAAUUCAAGAAGUAUUAAAGUCGGUCACAUCAGAAGGGCCUACUUCUAUCGAUACACGAAAGGACAUGGAAAUUACAUACACUGUAACGGAACAUCACGAACCAACCGUUGUGACUAAAUUUACGGCAAUCACCAAGGAGGUGUCUGAGCCGACUGAAGAAAUAUUUAAAACGGUCAAAUUAGGAGGACAUAAAUCAAUUGAUACGCGACAAGUAACUGAAACUUCGUACACUGUGACUGAACACCAUGAACCAACUAUUGUCACUAAAGUUACGACAAUAAGCAAAGACUUUACUGGACCGAUUGAAGAAGUUUUCAAGACUGUCACAAUGAAAGAGCCAGCGAUAACUGAUUCAACACAAGAAGCUGAAAGUAGUAGUUUUAUUAUAACAGAAACUAGUGAGCCUAUAGUUACUACUAUUACCAAAGAUGUUUCGGAUCCAAAUGAGGAGAUAUUUAAAAAAGUCACAAUGAAGAGCCAGGCAUCAAAUGAAACUUACAUUGAAACUCAUGAACCUACUAUUGUAACCAAAGUAACCACAAUUACUAAAGACAUUACUGGUCCAAUUGAAGAAGUCUUGAAAACAAUGGAAGGUCCAAUCACAACGGAUACAGCACAGGAAUCAGAAUCGAUAGUUACAGUUGUGAAACAACAUGAACCAACUGUUGUAACUAAAGUUACCACAGUCACAAAGGAUAUUACUGGAUCAACUGGAACUGAAACUACAACUACUGAAACCAUUGUAAAAGAAACUUCUUCCAAAUUUGAUGUUAGCAAAAUUAGAACUGACACGCUAGGUAAAUUUGACUUGGAUGAAGAUUUCGAAGAAGUAAAACGGUUUGUGCCUAAGAGUCUCGAUUUAAAAGAAGUUCCUGAAAUUACAAAAGAACAAGUUAAACCUGUAAUUGAUGAUAUCCUACAAAAAGGUACUAUUGCCGCAGCUGCAAGAAGUCCAAUAUUAGACAAAGAUAUUAAAAUAGCCACCAAAGAUAUUGUUGAAUCUGAAAAAAGAUCAUACGACGCUAAAGUGCCCCAUAAAGAAGAGCGUAGACAUUCAUGUAUAAGCCCUGCUAUAUCAUUAGAAAGAAUAGCUGAAUCUGAAGUGGAGACAGAAGAUGAACAACCAAUACCAAAACCAAUAAGUUUACCUAUUGAAUCACAUAAAGUAACCGAGACAAGUACAGAAAUGAAGAAAUCUGAUUCAGCUAUGAAGCAAAUGGCGGACAACAUUGAAAUAAUCAUUAAGCAAGCAUCUGAGGACUUUGAUGUUUCUUCAGAUGAACAGAUUGAACCUGAAGAGCCAUCUGAACAGCGAGAUAUUGCUGAACGAGUCUCUGUAGACUCUAUUAUUGAAGAAGCGGUCACCACUGUAGAAGAAAUGUUGGAAUCUUCGAAAGAAGCUAAAGAAAAAGAGAUCGAAGCUAAAAAAGAAAUAGUCUUUGAAGAGACUAAGAAGUUUGUAAAGGAAAGGCCAGGUUUGAUAAAAUCCCUUUCACGAGACAGUGGAGAAAUUGUAAUAAUGCCUAAGAAGAAGCAUCCAAGGACAUUUUCAGUUCAAAGCUCGCCUGAGGAAGUUGAAGAGCAAAUAUACACCGAUUCUGAAUCUGAUAUGGAUAAAGCAAAAGUACUUGAAAUAAUUGAACCUACUUCAGACCUUGAUGGUAAAAUUGCGACAUCUAGCUUUGAUACAAAGAAGAUAAGGACUGAUUCACUUGAUGAUGCCGAUGAUUUCCCAGAAAAAGAGUCUGAAUAUUUUGGCGAUGAUGUCAAAUUUUCUGAUGAACCGGCGGAGGGUAAAUUCUUAGAUGAUUUCAAACCGGUUGACAGACCUGGUCCAAGCCAUCUAAGGCAACAGGACACAGAAGAAGACAGGUCUUCUGACAAAAUGAUCAAAAAGACGCACUUUGUUGACAGAAUACUACAUUCAGACUUAGUAUCUAAAUCAACGACUGAAUCAUCAGUUACCACUGUUGUUUCAACGUUAACUAAGUCAUCAGACGAAAGCCAAAAAUCAGUUUUGGAAGAUGGAACAUCAGCUGAAUUUUCGAAGAUCAGCGGUGCUGAAUUAGUCAAAGAUCCCUCUAAAACUUCAUUUGAAACUAAAGAUGAUUCCAAAAUAGAGGAGCCCAUUGAAGAUCGAGGCACACCAGAUUUGUCAAAGAAAUCGAUUGAUUUGACCAAAGAUUAUUCAAAGUCUUCCAUCGACAGCAAAGACACUUCAAGAGAUUUUGCCACAAAUGAACUAUCGAAAGACUCCACGGUUGAUUUGAGUAAAGACUUUUCUAAAGCAUCGGUCGAAAGCGUAAAAGAGACCUCCAAAUCACUUGAUGAAAAGACUUUCUCGGAAGAUCAUUCGUCAUUAGAUGUAUCAAAAACUUUGGCAUCAGAUGCCUCAGAAGGCAUCACUAUUAGCAGAGAAUUCCAUGAAGACGAAAAAUCCGUGUCUCGCGUAGUAAGGAUAUCAACCAGUUCUUCCCAAGAAACUUCAGUUAUGACUGAGAGUAAACUAUUGAGCGAACAAGAUGAUCGGUCUCUAGAUAAAACGAGACCGUCAGAAAUCGAUCAAGAAAAAGAUUUUAUCGGUGAAAUCGACGAAAGAAUCGAAGAAUUAAAAUCCGAGAUGAAAAAGUCAGAAGACAGUUUUGGAGAAUCAUCAUUAUUAGACAAAGCCUCUGACAGUAAAUCAGAUAGUGUCAUUACUGAUGACUUAGUGAAAGAUGAUAAAGAAGAAUCUAAAGAGGACGUUGAAAAGAAAGAAAUGGAUGACCAAGUGCCAGACAUGACUGAAUUGAACAGAAGAUGUUCCAAUCUAUUAGAAGACAUAUCACAAGGAGCACUUAUCAGAAUCGAUUCAAGUCACGUGACACAUGAUCUAGCAUCGAAAUUUUCCAAAACACCGCCUCCAUCACCAGUAGAUUUGAAGGACAGAUCCAAAGUGGAGGAUGGUUCUGGCGAUAGGCAAACCGGGCUACAACUUAGAGGUUCCGACUCAUCGUUCCUGGAUGCAAGCCGUCAGUCUCCCAGGGCAUCAUCAGCUGGAGACAGUCUCAUUAGUGAAACUGAGGCCCACCAGAGUGACGUGCUGACAGAAGCGUCUAAGGCACUGACUGAAGCCGCCAGACCAAAAUCUCCAUCAAAACAUCUUGCUGACAAUCUAUCAUUCAUAAACGUAGACCAACCAACCCUUACUAGUGGAGCUAUAGAGCUCGUAGACCGCACAAUCGAGAAAAGUAUAGAUGUGAUUGACCAAAUCAAGAAAGAACAGCUUGCCGUCAAAAUGGAAGAGAUGCAGAAAUCAACGUCAUCGGACACAUUUUAUUCUGAAUCAAGAGUAGAAACAUCUACAUCAUCUUCAUCUGUUCACAAAACAUAUGAAGGCGCUGAAAUGAAGUUCCAGUCUAUAGAUCCGCGGGCACACAUGUCUGACAUGGUAGCCAAGUUUGGAUCCACUGAUAUGGAUGAUUAUAGCACUAUUUUGUCUCACAAAGAAACAGAGACAAGAAAAAUUUCAGGACAGGAAUACUUUUCUGAAACCAAACAAGUGUCGUCAUCCGAUGAUGACUCACUUGUUAUAAAAACUGAAACUACACAUGAACUUCGUGGACAAGAACACGAAGUGAAAGAAAAAACAACGGUGCGCAAAGAAGGUGAUCAAACAGAAACGUCACAGAAGAAACUUGAAAGAGCUCAUGAGGCUACAGCUAAAAGAUCUGAUGUAGAAACUAAAACCGUGUAUAAAACCACCGAUGACACGGACAUCGUUAAAGUUGAAAGGGAAUUUUCUGAGCAAGGGCUCUAUACAGGAAGACAAACUAAAUCUGAAGAACGAAUGACAGCGCUCAAAGAUGACACUAUUAAGAAAAAACAUGAAGUUAAAAUUUCAGAAAGAGACAUGUCCCACGAGCAAUGGGGCAAAGAAUAUUUUACUGAACCUGGGGAACUUGAAGACAUUAAAGAAGACGAUGAUUCAAAGGCAAGAAUUGCGUAUGUUGAGUCAGCUCUUAAGAUCGUAGAAAAAGAUGAGAUUAUAUCAGGCGUAGAAGUGUCUGCUAAAGGAAAAGUUAUAAGUUCAAAAGUUGAACAUCAUAGAGAAGAGUCUGUUAUAGAAAGCAAAGAACACGAUGAUCUUAGUUCUGAUGCAUCUCAUGCCCCGAGUUUCAAGAGUGAAACCGCUGAGCGACGCGGUUCUUCCGAAACGAGCCCUAAAAGUAAAUCCAAAUCUUUCAAAAAAGACGACGAAGUUUACGAAGUAGAUUUUAUAAAAGAAAUAAAAGUCUCAACGUCUCCCGUCAAGAGUACGUUUAGCAGAACGGGAAGCCAAGAUACUCAUUCAGAAUCAGAAGUAGCACCUGAUUUGCCUCACGAUGACAAAACUGGUGAUACGCCUAAGAAAGAGAAACCGACAAGGUCUCCGGUGAAAUUACCUCAGCAACAAAUUCAAGAACAAGUCUGGGAAGUAUCGCUUCAAAAAGCAGAUUCAUUUGAGAUGGCAGAUGAAAUACCAAAAUCCCUCAAUCUCAAAACUGCUAUGGUUCAAUCAUCAAGUACUGAAACAAAGAGUUCUGGGAGUGAUACAGGCUUAGAACUACAAACUGUAGUCGAACCGAAAUCUGACUUUACUUCUAAAAUGGUAAAGAGUGAUAUGUCACCAAGCACUUUUGAGAUUUCGGAUGAUAUAAGCACCACAUCGAAAGAUCUAAUGAUUAAGUCAGGUGAAAGCUUGGACACUGAGUGUAUGAUUAAAUCACUGGAAUCUCACGAAGCCGAGAUUCUCCAAAAAUCAAUGGAUUCGACAGUCAGCGCAGAGACAUUACACCCGUCUGAAUUUUCAACCGAAGCUGAUUCGGCUUUCUUAACUGGUACUGAUCACAAGAGAGAAGAAAUAAAGCUAUUCAAAGAAAAGAGCCUCGAGGAUAUUUGCAGUAGCGGUUAUGACACUGAUCUCUCUUCUGCCGAGUUUCAUGCUACGAAACUUGAGUCAGAACGGGUGGACCUGGAUUCGUUAAUGUCUGCUCAGCCACUGGCUGACUUGUCGGUUUUAGAAAAAACCAUUGACGAAGUCAAACAGUCUCUUGAAGCAGCACAAGUAGAAAUUAUAAGUGAAAAAAGCGACGGAAGUAGUAAAUACAAGCAGUCGCCAUCUGAAUUUCAGUUCAAACUUUUAAUAAGUCCCGAAAGGCCUGAAGUUAUCACUGAAGAACCACAUCACGCUACAGAAGAUCAUUCUGAUAAAACUUCGAGCGUUAAAAAAGACGACUUCCAGUUAGACAGCCAAACUUCGAUUAGUAGUUCACAUAAAGUGAGCUCGCAAGAAGAAACGACGACUUCUGAUGAAGAGAAAGGCACAGUUUAUAUUAAAGAAUCUAGCCCACCAUUAGACGGAGCUGAUAUUUCUAUCAGGUCAGACAGCGGCCCACAUUCAAUUUUAGAAACCGAAAGUGACAUAAUACUUUCUGAUCGAGAGGGUUCCUCAAAAGGAAGUCCAGAAGUAAAAUUGAGGGUUCAGAAGCAUAUUAAAUCAAAGCUCGGUGUAGUUGAGAGGCGAUCUGCUUCAGAAGUGGAGGGCUGGUCCAGUUCUGGUGAAAGUCACUAUCACAGUUUUGAACAUUCGGAGAGUAGGCCACUUUCUUCCGACUUAGAAGUUAUGAUGACAGCUCAAAGUGCAACUGAAUUUGACACUGCUUUAACUAGCCACGAUGUCUCUUCUCAAUCUUUAAGGACGUCAAAGGAUUAUUAUACUGCCGCAAGCUCGCUAGCUUCAAGAGACAGCAUGAAAAGUCUAGAUUCAGAUGGCUCCAGCCAUGUGGCCAGCAUUGAUAUUUCCGACGCAUCUGAAACACUCGUACCUUCAGCAAAUGAACUGAAAGAAGAAUUAAUGGAAAGUAGCACGUAUGUAGAGCAAUUCUUGCAUGAGGGAGAAAAAGAACAAUCAGCAAAAGUCAAAGACGUUAGUGAUGAAGAAGCGUCUGGGGACGAGGAAGAUGUAAAAGCUGAUUUAGAAGAACCAGUUGGAAAAAUGAAGAGAUCACAUGAAAUGCGUUUCUUACCCAAAGAUAUGAUACCUGAACAUUUCCCAUUAGAAAGUACCUCUGAGAGCAUUGAAGUAGACGAAGAUUCAUCUAAAGAACGAGAUGGCUCUGACACUACAAUUUCAAGUCAACUUAGAACUGAUGAAAUACUAUCGUCAUCAAUUUCAAAGUUAGACAUGCCUUCUUCUCAGUCUGAAAUCGAGAAAAAGGUUGUUAUUGAAGAAGUCAUUAAGCCCACGACUCAUGAAGUACACGCCAUACCUUUUUCGGUGACUAAACUAGAAAAACCGACAAGAGAGUUUGUGGACGUUGAAAGUGAAAUUAUUCCAGUUGGUUCUGAAGAAUAUGAAGAAAUAGUAAAACAUGGAAGCAUUACUCCAGAACUGAGGAAGUCGGACAAAGAAGAAGUAGCUAUAGUAAAAACUACUGUACAUGAUGCUGAAAUUGUACCUAGUAAAGUGGAUACAACUUAUACAGAACCAAUAGAAAUCAAAGAAGAAUGUGUGAAAAAAGUAGUCAAAGAAGUGAGUGUCAUACCAUUCCCUGUGACAGAAAUCCCUCCCAGUCAGAGAGAGUUCACUGAUAUUGAAGAUGACAUUAUACCUAUUGGUUCAAAACAGUAUGAAGAAAUCUUAAAAUCCAAGAGCGACUCUGCUGUUCCCAAAACAAAGGCAGAAAAAGCCAUAGUCAAAACUCCUGAUUCACAACUUGAAAGCAAACAGAGCUCUACAUCAAGUCUGAAAACUCACGAGCACUUAUCAACGCCACAUACUCCACUAUCUGCACCUAGUCAAAGCUCUCUUUCUACUGAUAACGGGCGUGAAUAUGUCCUAGAUGACAUGUAUGAUAUAUCUGAAACACCAGAAUUGAGAUCUGACUUGGUAACUGAAAGCAGCCGAUCAGAGCUGGUGGUGACAACUGAAGAGAAGGCUCUACAUACAUAUGAAAAAGAACAGGAGUCUCCAACGAGUGACGAAUUUGAAAUGGUUGAUAAACCAAGUGAGAUGGACGACUUUGUCGUCAUUGAAGAGGUCGCAAAAGAAGCACAAGAAACUGAUACAGAGGGAAAGAGUGUCCAAAUAAAAGCUCAGAAAUAUGAAAAGAAACACGACACUGAAGUUGAAGAAUACCUGUCGAAGGCAUCUAAGAAGCAGGAAAGUACAAGCAGUGCCGGAUCCGGAUCUUUAUCUGAUGAAGAAUUAUUAGCCUAUGAAAUUGAACAAAAACGUUUGCAAGCUCAGGAAUUAGCUGAGAUUGAGGCAGGAAAGCGAUGGAUACAAAUGCAGUUUGAAGGCGAUCCAAGAUACGAUUAUGAAAGAAUACCGCUGGAGGAUAUUAAAGAAGAAGAAAUGACUGAUUUUGAUGCUAGUAGAAUAGGUAGCUUAAGUUCCCAGAAGGAGUCUAUUGGAAGCUAUGGCAGCUUCAGAAACUCGUACGGAAGUCUUUCUGAAUCGGAAAUGGCGUCUCGGAUAAGAUUUAGAGUACGCGGAGAUAAUGAUGAUAUCUCUAUCAGCUCGUUGCAAGAAUUUGAAAAUCUUGAAAAGGCUUUGAUGGAGCAGUACCAGCAGCACUCAUCUUCUUCACAGGAGUCUUUGAAUGGAUCUCUUCCUAGGCGAUACAUUCUUAGUAAGAGUCAAGGUGAUGAUAUUUCGAUUUCAAGCUUAAAAGAAUUUGAAGGUCUAGAAUCAGCAUGUCUUGAAGCAUUGAAGGCCGAAAUUUUAGCGAAACAAAAAGAAGCUCUUUUACUGGCUGAUCCCAAAGAAGUUAGUGGCAGCUUCUUAGAACGAGAGAAACGAUCCUACUCCGGUAGUUCUGAAAGCAGCCCACCACAAAAGGGAGGUAGUCCUGGUCAAAAAAGUGGGAGCCCAUCGCAAAAAGGAGGUAGUCCUUCCCAGAAAGUAGGCAGCUAUGGAAGUCCAUCUCAAAAGCUACUUACAGAGUCCGCAGCUAUUCGUAAAUUAAUCGAUCAACAGAUGGCCUUGGAACAGAAACUACAAGAACAGAUUACACCUAAAGUAGUGACUGUUAAGAAGUUUGACGAAAGAGGUGCUUUCUUUGUUGCUGAACCUGAACCAGAAACAGAAAAAGAACCUAAACAGACAGAAGUAACUGAAGAGUGCACAAAAUCAUCCUCAUUUGUUUGUGCUGCCGCUCCAAGUGACGGUUCAGCCGAGUCGAUUCCAGGAGAUUGCGAGGAGAUGAUGAAAAUAUUGGAUCAGGAAGAGAAGUCUAAAUCAUCGCAGGCAGUUACAAGGACGUUUACUGACGGUGGAGUUAUCGAAGUAGUUAGAACUACUACAGUAAUACAGCAGAAAUUCGUUGAUGGUAAAAAGGUGUCUGAAACAGUAACAAGCACUGAUGGAGAAGGUGCUAUGGAUAUACCAGCACGGCCUAAGCAGUUUGACGAGAGUGCUCCUUUGUCUUUUGGUUCAGAAAUGUCAUCUUCGAUUAUAUCGCAGUCUUCCGAGAUGGAUAGCUUGAUGACUGUGCUAGAAAGGCAUUCCUCCGAGGGUGAGGUGGUGACGGUGACGAAGCAAACGAUAAUGAUGACGUCAGACAAGCCAGAGGAUUUGGAAUUCUCUAGGGAGGGGAGCAUGGUCCGUGAGCUCUCGCCCUCUUCGGGGAGGUCGAUAGCUCACAGCGUAAUCUCCUUUUCCGGUAAACAAUUUACAGAUCCAGCUAGUGGCUCCUGGAGUGGACAGGACGAGGAAUUGAGCUCAUCUGGGAGUUUUAGCAGAGGUGCACGUGCGGACCUGAUGCUUGGAAGCACCGACAGCUUAGAAGCAACCAGCUCCAACGCCACCCGAGCUACCUACAACUACGAGGUCGACACCCCCAUGACUGGCAGUCUCACCUCAGGAGCGGUACGCCCUCCAGGAUCCAACACGAUGGUCUCUUCCCUGGACACCCUGGAUCCGGUGACGGCUGUCCAGAUGGAGAGUCUGGAACACCAGUCCACGAGCGAACACUACUCCCAUGAUUAUGAAGUUCAAGAACCUGAUUCGGAUACUGAACGACUGGAACUGGACGGGCGAGCACCGCGGGCUAAGGAGCGCACCAUCAUGUUUGACAGCACUGACACGCUCAGCGCUGUUAGCGGAGACAACUCCGUGAAGGAAGCCGCCGUGGAGACCCCGGCACCUACCUUCUACAUUGGAGACACGCCUAUUGUUAGAGGAGACAGACGUGAUGAGGAUGAUGAACCGCAACCAGUUCUGUCUGGAAGCUGCCCAGCAUCCCUGCCUCCUGCUACGCAGCCUUCUCCACCAGUUCCUGCUCAAAGAAGAUCUCUCACGAUGAUUGCAAAAUCACCACCCUCUAGCAUUGACGAGACAACCAAGAAGUAAAUCUGCAUUUUAAAUUUUACUUUUCGUGUUUUUAAUUUUAAUUCUAGUCUUUUGUACUAUUGCAGCUAAAGCUGAUAUAGCUUAAGGCAUUCGAUGCACUGCUGUUACUAACUGAUUAUUAAUAAUGAGAUCUUGUUACCUGAAGUACAAUAGUCGUGUAGUCAAGUUAAACAACGUAGGUGAAAUAUCAAGUAUUAUAAGACUAUCGUAAAGUUUCUUACCAUGUAGUACUCUUUGUACUCGCAUUGAAAGUCCUAUACUCAUUGAUGUGUUACUAUGAUCUAUCAAUUUCACUUAAGAAUAAUCUUCCUAAUGAAUUGAGGAUCGUGAACUUGUUUUUACAACCCGGAUAUCAAACAUUUGGUCCAAUAUUCUUGCGGACCAAUAUUUGUACAAAUUAUGGUUGUAAAAAUCAAGUUCUGUAUCGGAUAGUAUUUUGGUACUCAUUUUUGUACUGAACAGUCGGUUUUUGUACGACAUUGGUCCAUGUAACUUCGACCUAUCCUUUUAGGUAGCGCUUAGCUUUUAGUUUGGGUAUUACCGCUUACUCAGUAAAACUUAACACUGUAGGACUAUUGAAUAUUUUAUAAGCAUAAGUGGUAAGUAGGUACAUUCCCGAUACUAUCGAUUUUGAUAUUGGAGUUCUGGUAGACAGAUGGAUGUAUUAAACGACUAAAAAUCUGUCCUUUUAGAUACUAACUUUACAGGCAGUUGAUAUGAUUUUGACGAUCUCAGUUUUGAUUCUUGCACAAUUUCUUACAUAAGUAGAUAGGUAGAAAUACAAAAUGUAGGGUAAGCAUCUACGGCCAUUAAAGUCAUUGGUGAAGUUAUUUUAGAUGAUAUUAAUAUUGCUUCAGUUUCAAAAAUUCACAUUUAAACAAUUUAUGUCGUUGGAUCUCUUUUCUUAGAUGUAGCGUCUAUAAUAGGCAAUGUACUUAAUUUAUCGUGUGGCCGUAGAGUAUAUACCAUUUUAAUUGGGUAAAAUGCUUGCUCACUUCCAAAAGUUUUGUAUUCUUUGUAAAGGAUAAACAUUUACUUUAAGCGCCAUGGGUAAGGUAACGUCGAGGUAAAAUAAAUUUUCGCUACGACGUAUCAUGGGGACACAGUCAGACCAUUUAGGGUGGUAUCAUCUUCUAACCUGUUUCUAGAACAUGGUGUUAGUGUGUCUUCAUGCUUUUGGAUUGAGACUGACAGUGGAUAGGAAUUUAAGGAUAAAUUCAAAUAGAAAGGCUUAGAUAAUCACGACCUCAAGCUACAAAGGUUUCAUAUCGAUGGGCGUAACAUUGCCUCUGGAAAUGAGGCUAUCUGCUUGUAUAUGUAUACAUAUAGUCUAAUUUCGUUUAAGUCUGUGUGCUUAAGGAUUUGGUGUUAAGAUAAUAACAAUGCUAGGAUCUAAUGUUGCUACUGUGUCAUAUUAAGUUUCAAAUGCGGUUAAGUUGCCCUGUUCUAUUGUUCCACGUUGUAUUUGUAAUAUUGCUGAAUAUUCUAU